AGUGUAUUCAAGCGGUUGUGUGUUUGUGUCUCUGUUUUCUUGCAGUAAAAUGGCAGAACCAAGAGUUUCUCAGGAUGAUUUCAUGUGUCCGGUGUGUCUGGAUCUCCUGAAGGAUCCAGUGACUACUUCCUGUGGACACAGUUACUGUAAGAGCUGUAUUACAGGCUGCUGGGAUCAAGAGGAUCAGAAGAGAGUCUACAGCUGUCCUCAGUGCAGACAGACCUUCAGUCCAAGACCAGCUUUAGCUAGAAAUACCAUGCUGGCUGAAGUGGUGGAGAAACUGAAGAAGACCAAACUCUCUGAUGACUGUGACGCUGGAGCUGGAGAUGUUCAGUGUGACGUCUGUACUGGAAGAAAAUACAGCGCCGUCAAGUCCUGUCUGGUGUGUCUGAACUCUUACUGUCAGAAUCACCUUCAACAACAUGAGAGUUUCUUUAAAGGAAAGAAACACAAAGUGACCGAAGCCACUGGACGACUGCAGGAGAUGAUCUGCCAGAAACAUCAGAAGCUACUCGAAAUUUUCUGUCGCACUGAUCAGAAGUGUAUAUGUGUGCUUUGUGUGAUGGAUGAACAAAACCAUGACACUGUAUCAGCUGGAGAACAGAAGACAGAGAAACAGGAGAUGCAGAAGAUUUUCCAGCAGAGAAUCCAGCAAAGAGAGAAAGAUGUCCAGCAGUUGAGAGAGGCUGUUGAGUCUCAUAAGCGCUCUGCACAGACAGCAGUGGAGAACAGCGAGAGGAUCUUUACUGAGAUCAUCUGCUUCAUUGAGAGAAGCCGCUCUGAGCUGAUAGAGCUGAUCAGAGAUCAGGAAAAGCAAGCAGUGAGUCGAGCUGAAGGACGACUGGAGCGACUGGAGCAGGAGAUCAAUGAUCUGAGGAGAAGAGACGCUGAGCUGGAGCAGCUUUCACACACACAGGAUCACAUCCAGUUCCUGCAGAGUUUCCAGUCUCUCUCAGCACCUCCUGAAUCUACAGACAUAAAUGAUGACCUCUUCAGUUCUCUGUUUUCCUUUGAUGUCCUGACAAAAUUUGUCUGUCAGCUGAGAGACAAGCUGGAGGAUUUCUGCAAAGAGGAGGUCAAGAAGAUCUCAGACAGAGUGACAUUGACCAACAUUGUUCUCUGGACCAGGAACAACUUUCUACAAUAUUCCCAUCAGCUCACUCUGGAUCUGAACACAGUGAAUAAACACCUCCUUCUGUCUGAGAACAACAGAGUGAUUACUAACACUUACACAUAUCAGCCGUAUCCUGAUCAUCCAGACAGAUUUGAUAAGUAUUCUCAGGUGUUGUGUAGAGAGAGUGUGUGUGGACGCUGUUACUGGGAGAUUGAGUGGAGCGGAGAUUUUGGAGUUUAUACAUCAUUGUCACAUAAGAGCAUCGGCAGGAAGGGACGGCGUGAUGAGUGCAGGUUUGGGAAUAAUGAUCAGUCCUGGAGUUUGUACUGCUGUCCCUCCAGAUUCUCAUUCUGGCAUAAUAACAUACAGACGGAUCUCUCUGUGAAGCCCAUCAGCAGUAGAGUAGGAGUGUUUGUGGAUCACGGAGCAGGAACUCUGUCCUUCUACAGCGUCUCUGACACAAUGAACCUCAUCCACACAGUCCAGACCACAUUCACUCAGACGUUCUAUCCUGGGAUUUAUGUUUGUAUUGGAUCAUCAGUCAAACUGUGUUGAUGAAUCAGAAUAGACUGACAGAUUCUACACUCAUAAAAAUUAUGUGGUGAAGUAAAUACUACAGGAAAACAAAUGUAAUUUCUACUCGAAAAAGUUCGUUCAGGCAAUAAAUUGAAAACAUUUUUAUUUAUACUUUUUUGGUAGCUUAAAUAUAAACGUUAUGAAAUUAAGUAAAACCAACUAAACUUUUUUUAUACUGUUGUUACCGUCAUGCACUGGGGCAUGACUAAUAAUAAGGUUGAUAUUUUAUUGUUGCAGUUUUACAGCUGUAUUAACACUGGUUUAUCAUUGCUUUUGUUGUUAGGUUUAGUGACUUUUUUAGUAAUUUUGUUACAUCUGGAGCAAAGAAAUUAGACAUUUAUAUUCAGGUCUGUUGCAUGCUUAGUUACACUUAUAACCUGAUGUUUUUUUAAGGUAAUGUGUUUGUUACACAGAUAAGAUAUAAAGGGCGCUGGUCACUUUGAGAGAAUGAGCAACGACGUUAACGUUAGAAUGUUUUCAGUUCAGCUCAGUGAUGUGUUACGAUCCUCGACAUCGUUGCUUUAGUGCAUUCUGCUUGGCGUGUUUGAGUGUAUAUGUGUGCAGGGAUUGGCUGUUCAAUGAGGGAUGUGAUUGGUGAAUCUCAAUGGGGACGUGUUCAAAAUAUGGCGAGCUCACUUCUGUGUUUCCUGUUGUUGCGUGAAGAGCUCCGAAUCCGCCUCAGUCAAUAGAUCAUCUAUAGCUUCAUGGUUACUGCUUGUUUCGGUUUCAGAUAAUGGUUUACUCUUUAUCAUUAAUAGCUCUUUCUUUAUCAUUAGGUAAUUUCUAUAUUUUAUUUCAUGAAGUUCUUUUGGUUUGUUAUUUUGGCCUUGGGCCUCUCUGAAGCCAAUGCUCCUUGUAUUAAUUUUUACUUACCAAUAAAUAACCCAAAAUCGACAUGUUACCUGUGUUCAUCUGUUGACUGGAAUCCCAUUAAUAUCUUGUAAUCUCAGUGUUGCACGGUUCAGUAAGGUUGACCGAAACAUAAGACUGGUUGCCCAUUGAAGGUAGACAGGGUUGAGUUGGUCAGACGUCUUGAGAAAACUAGGUUUCUGUUGGUAGAGGUGUUAGUGAGACCAGCAUGUGGUCUGUGUGGGUCCUAACGCCCGGAUAGUGACGGGGACACUACACUGUCUGUUUCUGUCAUUUGGUCUUUAAUGUAGAGUCACUUUUUAUCUGUACUAUCAAAAUGAUCACACAGUCGAUAAAUAAUAUUCAUUACUCGCCUUAAAGAGCUCUGGUUUCGUGGUCUC